CUACCUCCUCCAAUAAGCACUUGUUUGGGUUUGGGCUUAAGUUCAUCAUCCAUGAUCCGAAUAAUAAAGCCCAGUAAAAGAACCCGACCCGCUUUCUUCUUCUUCUUCAAUGACAUAAAAUUCAAUUUUCCAAAAUUAGGGCAUUAUUGAAGAAAUCAGAAAUGGCGAAUCAAGGAGCAAAAAAGCGUAAAGAAGAAAAUACUCGUCAUAUGAAGAAGCUCUUUCAAGUCAUCAUUGCCUGCAAUGUAAUUUAUUUAUUGGUGAGAGCUGGAAUUUUCUAUUCAAGUUUCACAUGGAAGCAUAUUAUUGGAUUAUUGUUGACUUCAUUGGCAUAUGCUUUACCGUACAAACAAUUAGAUUCAAUGGCGAAACCGAGUUAUGGUGAUGAUGGGGAGAUGUUUGAUGGUGGAUAUGAUAUGAGUACUGGUGGAAUUUGUGGAUAUUUACAUGAUAUAAUCUACAUUACAUGUUUCGUGCAAUUGGCAUCUAUCAUCUCCGACAAGUUCUGGUAUACAUAUCUAGUGAUACCUGCAUUUGCGGCGUACAAGCUCUCCGGACUUCUCAAAGGAUUUUUACCUCAAGGUUCAGAGGAUGCUGAAGAGGACGAGAAAACUCGAAAGAAGAGAGAGAAACUGGAGAAGAAAGCUUCAAGACCCAAAUUCGUCAAAACAAGAGCUCGUUAGUUCAAACAUUGUGUUGUAGUGAUGUAGGUGUCGUUGAGACCUAUGCAUCGGCUGAUGACUAACGUUUGCCCUCGAAUGUCAGGAAAACGUGUUUUAGCACACGUGUUAUCUCGAGACUGGCUAUCAAUGUACUUUGAUGUUGUUGGAAAUUAUUGCUUUGGCCUUUGGGUUUACUUUGUAGGAUCACUAGAUACAGAUCCAUUUUUGUUUGUUUAAUGUAUCUGUGUAUGUCUUGUUCAGCA